CUCGAACCGCGCAGAUGACGCGCCGGCUGGUUCCGCCCGCAAACUACACCACGCCCCCGUUCCCGUCGCUCAACGUCCACAGCCUCUUCGAUGCCACGCCCGAGAAGCAAUUCACCCUCUACUUCAUCGGCGACGUCUGGCGCUUCACGGUGAUAUGGACCCUGAUCACGUUUGCGCUGUUCCACCUCGGCGCGGUCUUCAUCGCCAUGUUCACGCACGGCUGGAAGAAGUCGUCGUGGAAGUAUCUCUGGAUCACGCCGAUUGUGUAUCUGGGCGUCGCCGGGCUUGAGGCUGUGGUUUCUGGGACCAUUGUCGGAGUCAUGCUGGGCGCUGUGUAUCAGGCGGGAUACUACGAGAUGAAUACCUGGGUUCCCUGCAUAUGGGGCUUCAUCAGUGUUCUCACGCUGAUUAUCUCGUCCUUUUCAAUCCAGGGCGGUCUCUGA